UUUUUCCAGCAAAGAUGGCGUCUGGAAGCCACAUGGCCUAUCCUUUGUAUUGUUCUUGGUGUCGAAAUAGCGAUUGAAGCACAUUGAUUAACGUUUCAUGAAAGUCUUUCUUCUCCAAUCCGGAUUUCUUUUCAAAUUCAAUCUUUUGUUGUUGAUUGGGGACGCCUGUGUUUAUAUUCUGUACAUAGUUGUGUGUACAUACAAAUCGGUAAUUGGUUUGGGGCACAACAGUACUAAACCAGUGGCAAUUUUGUACGAAUGAGAAUGAGUUCCACAGCUAAGAAAGGGGAUAAAGGGAAGUCCUCAACAAAUUCUUCCCUGCCUUUAUCAAAGGAUACAGCACCCCAUUCUUCCACCAAGAUGGCAAAUUCCAAGACUGUAGAGUCAAAACAUGAUUCCAGCAAAGCAGUUGAGCAACUCAAUCCUAAACUUUUGCCCACUGCUGAGCAACUUCGAAUUGCUCAGAUGAUCAGUGACAGUAAAAAGGAUGACCCAGAACUUCCAGAAAAAGUCAACAAGCUGGUUGAGUUAACCAAUUGCAGUGCUGAUGCAGCAAUUAUUGCUCUUCAUGAUUCGAACAACGAUUUGGACCAUGCCAUAGCAGCCCUCCUUGAUGGAGAAACUGAGGGUGACUGGGAAGUGUCAGGCAAGAAGAAGAAACCUAAGCAGUCAGCUCAGCAGCUUGGUCCAGCAGGUGGUGAUGGACCUGAGGGUGGCAGUGGAGUAGGAUCUGGACGUGGAAGAGAUCGUGAAAGAGAUAGGCCGCGAAGCAGCCGUGGGGGACCACCAAGGCUACGAGGACGUGGUCGUGGUCGGGACAACAAGGAAAAUGUGGAAGAAGGUGAUGGAGAACACUUUGGUGGUUCUCGUGGAAGAGGAUCUCGUAGUGGCCCACGAAUGUCAAACGGACCUGGAAGGGAAGGAUCUAGUGGCCGGGGAAGUGGUGGGGGUCGGGGCGGUCGGGGUGGAUUCCGCCGAGGACAACGCGGCCCAGCUCCCGUCACCGAAACAUGGGAAGAAGGUGCUGAUUAUUCCGCCAUGACAAACGUAGAGCCGUGGGGAGUCGACUUUCCAUCCGCUGAAGAUUGGGAUAAUGAAGAAUAUAUCGGUUCACUGGUUGAAACGAAGGUGUUUACACCGUCUCAGUCAGCAGCUGUAAAUGUUCCUGCGCCGGCAGCACCUAUUCCUGAACCGGCGCAGCUAACCAACGGUUCACCGUCAAUUUCUAAUGGCGGCGGCGGAGGCAACAGUAGCAGUAGCAGCAGCCAUGUAGAACCUGCUGUUCCUGUUCCCGCCCCUCCUCCUCAAGUUCAUUACUCCACCAUCAACAAUAGCGCGCAACAGGGUAUCGACUUGAACGCUCUUCUCCAAAAGACCUCUGGUGUCACAGUGGCGGGAUCGUCAAUGCAGCAACAAUUCCUACAAUAUAGCCAGCAGGCAACCGAUGCGCUUAAAGCAGCGAUGGGUGUCGGUGGAGGUUCUUCAGCCAAUCUAAAGUCCGCCAAACCACUGCGAGCCAAAAUCCCGCCACCUUCAAAAAUUCCUCUGUCAGCGGUUGAGAUGCCAGACGAUCCGAUUGUUUCCGGGCUGGAUGUAAAAUUUGGAACGCUUGAUUUUGGUAUCGAACCUUCUGGUUUUGACAUGGGCAUUGACGUCGCUAUGACUCCCUCGUCCACUGCAAACAUUAAUAUGGGGAAGCAACCAGAUCACCACCAUCAACAGCAGCAGCAACAACAUCAACAGCAGCAACAACAUCAACAGCAGCAGCAACAUCAACAGCAUCAACAGCAACAGCAGCAGCAGCAUCAACAAUCGCAGCACGGAUUAAUGUCAAAAAUUGAACAGCAGUACGCUAGUAGUGCUCCCACUCCACAGCCACCUGCGCCUUCAACAUUGCCAAAACCUGAUUCUUCGCUAGGUGGAUUUUCCGUGUCGUCAGCCUCGGCUCCACAACAAUCAAUGGCGACAACAUCCACUCAAGUUAAAUCGACCAACAGUCCGGCGUCGUAUCCAUACGGCACAUCAUAUGCGCCUCCCGGCGUGAACAGUGCUUCUACUCAGGCAACAACUACGGGUGUCUCUCAGCCGGCUGGUGCUUAUCCUACCAAUAGUCAGACUAGCGGUGUGUACAGUAAUAAUUCGUCCAACUCGGGAUAUCAAGGUGCUAGCAGUCAAACAGCUUAUGGUUCUUACGUCCAGCAACAGCCACAUCAACAGCCACAGCAACAACAGCAGCAACAACAGCAACAACAGCAAGCUAGCUACCAGACUUACAACAACAAAAUGAAUUCCGCCAGUAGCAUGAAUGACGCAUCAAGCUCAGUGUCUUCUCUCAGAGGAGAUAUGCCUAAUGCUACGGCAGCAUCGACCUCAAGACAACCCAAUGCAGUAACGUCUGCUACUGCGACCAACAAGCAAGCUGGCACAACGCUUGCAGCUAGUGGCUCAGGAUUGCCCAAUAUGCCUCCCGGUGUACCAAUGCUGGGACCCGGUAGUUUCAUUAUGGGCCAGGCACCAGGUCUGCCCUAUUACGCCGCCGCUGCCGCUGCUGCUGGUAUCCAGCAGCAUCAAGUGUACAGUCUCGAGGAUAUGCAAUAUCGGUAUCCACAUUUAGCUGCAGCAGGGUAUUACGACAUGGGCUAUCAGUCACCCACAAGUUUGGGGGGAGGCCGCGAUGGAACUCUGGCUUCAUUGGCUUAUGCUACUGGAACCGACGCAAAGUUUUCGCGCAAUGAAACUAACUCCCCAGUUCCUACCUCGCUAUCUCAGAAUGCUGCUCAAAGUCAUGGCGGAGCGUUUAUUACCCCGGCCGCCGCAGCUGCAACUCCACUGACUCCAGCCUAUGCUUAUUACUACAGUGGUGGUGUCAUGCCCGGUGGUUAUCAGUUCGGAGCUCCUGCAGCCUUAUAUCCGGUUUCAGCAGCCACAUCGGGACACGCUGCUAGCAACGCAGCUCAGUAUGGCAAAGGAGGUCUAAGUGGUAGCGGUACUGGUGGUGCCCAAUCUGGUCAAACGUCAGGGGGUGCCACUGCUGGUGGUCCGUCAAACGCAACAGCGUCUGGAUAUGCUAGUUAUGGUUCAACCUAUGAUGAUUUUUCCAAAGCGGUGUAUAAUUCAGUAGGAGUUGGUAGCGCGGCUGGUCAAACGGCAAAGAUUGGUGGAGUCGGUGCCUCCACAGGCCCAUCUGUUGGUGCCGCUGGAUCCGCCGACUUGGGACCUAAUGUCUACGGCAAGACUCAUAAUCAACUCGGCAAAAUCAGUACGUACGAUAAAACUGGAGGAUUCCAUACGGGUACUCCGCCUCCUUAUGGUAUGGCUGGAAACGCUAAUGCAGCUCCAUUGGGAGUAGGCGUGAGUGUGGGUGUUGGAGGCCCGUCACCGUAUGGAACUCAACACAUGUUCAUCCCAACUCUUGCGCCUCAUCAAUCUCAGCAUUCGCACAUGAUGCAUCAGCAACUCCAUCAGGACUCUGCCAGUGGACCCGGACAGCGUUCUCAGAGUGGCGGACAGCAGAACAAACAAGGAUCGAAAUCGAGCUACGGAGGAUCAUAUUGGGGCUCGAACUAAAACGCAUUUUAAAACCGAGAGAGAAUCACGGGAGAAAACAAAGGUUACGAUUGCACCAGUUGAUUUGGGAUGAAUUUGAGCCCACUUGGAGGAAUACUUUUUUAUGUUUAUUUUUUUUUAAUUUUUUUGUUUUAGGUUAGUGAACCAAUUUGAUGUCGUUUUCUUCCUUUCCCUCCGCUCGUAAAGUAAAUAUCGUGCGAAAUCCCCACGAAGGAGAAAAAAAUAAAAAAAUGUUCUUUUCCAA